AUGCCUACAUGCGUACGUCCAUCCAUAUAUACAUACAUACACACGUGCUCACAUACGGGCAUACACACAUACAUACAGAUAUAUGCACAUAAAGACAUAAGCACAUACAUACAUACAUACAUACACUCGUACAUAUGUACAUACACACCCAUACAUACCUUGGCAUAUACACAUACAUGUAUACAUAUAAAAUUCAGUAUCGACCGGAGGGAAAUCGUUUAUUCGAAAGGAGACAGGACGGGAAGAUUUGUUGAAAGAUCGGAUAUGAAAUUAAAGAAGGAUGGUACGGAAAACCGUUUUAAUGCAAUCACUUAA